AGCGCCGAGUGAAAGAUCGGGGGUCCCCGCAGCAGCCGCCCCUUCCUUUCCUCCUCCUCUUCUCUUCCGAGCACGCGCUCGCGCGCGCUCUGGGAUACUCACUCCCUCCCCCUUUGGGAAAGGCGGGUAGUCCCCGCGGGGGCCGGUCUCCUGGGGAGCGGGACCAGAUAGGGGCGGGGAAGCAGCCCCUGCUGCUCCCUGGCCAGGGCGCUGGGAGAAGCGGGCGACUCGGGCUGAUGGAGAACUGAGAAGGGGCAGCCUAGGCGGCCGCAGCCACAACCACAGCCACAACCGCGUCCCUCUCUUUCCACCUUCCCUUCCUUCCAGGCUCGGGCAUCUCUCCCCGCCGGCGGCCGGCUGUCCGGAGGCAGGAGCGCAGGCCGGCCUGGAGGUGGUGCUCGUUGGCCCGCCUUGGCCGCUGCCAGGCUUCUCUGAGCGUUGCCCGGACAGCUGCGCUGCGCCUCCCGGAGGGGGAGGAGCGGCCGGCGGCCGGGUGAGCGGGCGCUGGGGCUCUCAUCCCUUUUUCCUCGCGUCUUGUCCCCCAACCAGCAUCCUUCCCCGCGCGACCCGCGCGCCUCGGUGUGCCGCGAGAGAGGCCGGCCCAGGAGCGAACGGUGGGCUAUGCCGGAGGCGCGGCGCUAACUUCCGAGGGCUUUGCCAUGGACGGGAAGAUCCGAGGCUGCAUCGCCUGGGUGCCGGUGCUGGGGGGCCACGGGCCUUUCCUGCGCCUCGCCUGCCGCCCUGUGCUGUGGUUAGCGGGGCUCAUGGUGCUGCUGCUGACCCUGCCGGCCUCCUGCGCUGCAGAUGAACUAUCUCUGGAGCAGCGAAAUCUUUCUUUAUAUUCUGUUGAGCUCAUGUUGAAGAAGAACACGGUGCAGACUACUACGCGCACGGCCUUAGCAGAAACUGCACCAGAAUCCCAGGAAAACAAUUAUCUCCACGUGGUACUAUCUUCAUCUGCCACUUCUUUUGGCACAACCUUUUUUAACCAAGAAAAAAUGAGGCGAAACACAGCAGAACUAAAUAUCUCAGUUGUAGAUUAUUUCUCAGUGACAAGUAAUGAGGCAUUACUAAAUGAUGAUGGAUUGGUUCAUUCAUUUCCAGAAACACACUGGACUGCUACAUCUUCUCCAGUGGUGCAUGCCACAGUGAGUCAAUUAGAGCCAUCAAUAGAAACUGUGCUAACACCUUCAUUCCCAAUUACCUCUUUACACACUAAAGAUAUAAUAGCAAACGCAAUGCAGCCUCAGAUGACGUCUUUCAGUGACGUGUUCAGCCUCGUUAAUGUUGCCACUGAGACAGAUCAUUUCUCUUCAGAUGGCAUAGUUCUUACCCCAAGUAGCAAUCUUUUGCUUUAUCCCACUGACUUUUCAGUUUAUUUACCAAGUGUUGCAGUGGUAGAGGCUGUGGCUUCAGUGACAGGAGAUGUUGAAAGCAUGCCGUUCACCCCUCAGUCUUCAUUACAGCAGCCACUGAGUGGUAAUGUUAUGGAGCAGUUAAGCUUUUUCAGCAUUCCCAUGAGUGAGACAACACCACUUAUUAUGGUAACAAGUACAGAAAAAUACCCUGAAAUGUACCCUGAUAUGAAUCAAAGCAGAGAAGAGAUCUUGGCUCCAAAGACCUCCCAGAUUACAAGUAUUUCACAGGCAGAACUAGCUUUUAUGAGCAGCAUAAACUCUGCUUUGUUUUCUUCUAGUCUUCCAUUUGUAUCUUUUCCCACACAACCAGAUGAUGUUUCAACUAACCCUUUUCUUCCUAGCAACUUCAGUGAAACAUCAGAAUUCCCUGGGAAUUCAAUAGUAGCAAGUCAUGGUGGUUACACUGAGUUCAUCAGUCCUCUGCCCUCAUUCACACCCUCUACACAAUGCACUCAUUGCAGUUUGGUUCCAUCCCAGCAAGUUCUUUCAACAAGUCUCAUAGAGAAAGAUAUGGGUUCAGGAGAUGAUGCUGAGACAUUGACCUUUUCCAUCUUUCAAGCAAGUAGCAGCAUGCUGCUGAGUAGUGUAAUGGCUGAUUUCCCUGAUUUUGAGGAAAUAUCUGAAGAAUUUGACACCUCUUUCCCCUCAAGACCUAUGGUGUCAAUGUCUUCCAGAUUCAUGGAAGUUUCUGAUGUCAACAUUAGUAGUUCAGCUUUUAUGGAGGUGAUCCCAUCUAGUGCUGUGUCUACAUCAGUAUACCAAUUCCCUGAGAAAUCCUCUGUAGGAAAGUUAUUUGACUCUGCUUCCUACAGCUUCCUGUCUGUUCCUGAAAUUGAAGUAUUACCAUCUGGUGCAAUAGCAGCAUCCGACAUUACCAGUGUUCUCCUUGACUCAUCUUUCUCUAUCAUUUCGAAUUCAAUUGUGUCAUCAGUUGCUAUUGGAAAUGAAAAUCUUUUUGAGUCUCAUGGGUUAGUCCCUUCAAUAGAGCCUUUAUUUUUCUCUGAGCAGAAGUCUGUCAGUUUUGCAGAAGAUGAAUCUAGAAGCACUUUGGAUUUUGAAUCCAGUAUCUCCUCAACUCCUCUUUUGAAUUUCACUGGCCUGGUACCUUCGUCUUCUGAUAUUGUAACCUUGAAUUCUGUGAUGCCAAAUGAUUUGUCAACAUCUUUUUCUCAGGCCUUGUCAACCACAGUGGAGGCAUUUAUACUAUCUGACUCUCUUAGUUUGCAGUCACCUCAGUUUUUGGCCCGUAGCACCUCAGACCUUGAGUUUUCGCAACUGUGGCAGAAUUCAGAUCAUCAUUUAAAUACACACCCUGUUCCAUCCAUAAAUUAUUCUGAAAUAGCACCAUCAUCAAGUUUCUCAUCUCAUUCCUUUAGGUUCUCUGAAGCAUCAUCAAUUUUACAGCCAGAUUCUGAAGUUUAUAAUACCUCAGUUUUCACAGAAACUACCUCCUAUCUUGAGUUUUCAUUCACUUCCCAUGAAACUGUAGUUCCCACACUAUUUGCUUCCAGUUUUGAGUCUACUCCAAGUAUUUCAGUCAUUGGAUCACAAUUGCCAUCACAGUUGACUGUUCUUCAGAUGACACCCUUUUUAGCUGAGUCUUCAGUGAUUUUCUCAACACUUAAUCCUUUAGAUGGGCAUACCAGUGCUCCAGAAGAUUAUAAAUUUGGCUCAUUUUCCAAGACCAUUCUUAGUACUGUAUUAUCUAUAACUGAUAUCUCCUUGUUACCACCAUCUCUAUCUCCAAUGUCCUCAUCUAUAUCUGAAUUUAUCCUUUCACCUUUAUCUACAGAGCCAGUGAUUGUGGGCUCAUCAUUUGUACCCACAGAGUCACCCAAGCCUUUAAACCCUGUAUUUAGCAGAGUUAAUAUGAGUGCUGCUACUGUUGAUACUACCCUCAAUUACAAAACAAUGAAUCAGAAUCCAAAUGAGAGCAGCACAACUCCUGUUCCAUCAUCUACUCAUCCUGUGGACACCAUCACUCAUCCUGUGGACACUGUCCCUUAUCCUGUGGAAACCAUCACUCAUACUCUGGAUACUGUCACACAUCCUAUGGACCCCAUCACUCAUUUUGUGACUACCACUGAAGCUCUGAUUGAAACUCCAGCCUUGAUAACUACCAAGCAGCCAUAUGUGUGUGAUAUUACAGUUCCCGAUCCCUACUUGAUCACGGCUGUGCUGGCCCGAAGAGCUGUGCAGGAAUACAUCAUCACAGCAAUCAAGGAAGUGCUGAGGGUUCACUUUAGCCGGGCAGUAGAACUGGAGGUUUAUGAAAUCUUCCCUGACUUCUCUUUCCUGGUUACGUCUGGUCCUUUCAUUUACACAGCAAUUGCAGUCAUAAAUGUUCUUAUAAAUAGCAACCUUGUCCGGGAUCAGGCUCCUUUGAUUCUCUCAGUGCAACCUUCCUUUACUGUGCCAGAUUCCAGAUUUCAAGUUCAAACAGUCCUUCAGUUUGUGCCUCAGAGUGUGGACACUGGCUUCUGUAAUUUCACCCAGCGCCUUGAGAAAGGUCUCAUGACAGCAUUCACCGAAGUAAGAAAACACCAAGGAACUUACAACUUCACGGUGCAGAUAUUAAAUAUAACUCUGGGGACAUCAUGGACAGCUCCUCGCCAGGGACCAGUCAAUAUUAUAUUUGCUGUGAAAAGCAAGAAAGGGUUCUUGAAUGGAUCAGAAGUCAGUGAAGUUCUCAGGAACUUGAGUAUGGUGGAAUUCAGUUUCUAUUUGGGAUAUCCUGUGCUGCAGAUUGCUGAACCCUUCCAGUAUCCCCAACUCAAUUUAUCUCAGCUGAUGAAGUCAUCUUGGGUAAGAACGGUUCUCCUGGGUGUCUUCGAGAGGCAGCUUCAGAAUGAAGUGUUUCAAGCUGAAAUGGAACGGAAACUGGCCCGGCUGCUCAGUGAAUCUUUAGCCAGAAGGAGGGUAUGGAGACGAGCCACCUUUGCAGGAAACAAUGUAGUGCAGGUUGUUAAUGUCUCCCGGCUAGAAGGUGAUGACUAUCCAGUCCAACUAAUUUAUUUUGUAGAAGAUCAAGAUGGAGAAAGGCUCAGUGCAGCAAAGUCUUCAGAUAUGAUCAACAGGAUAGAUAUCCAGAGAGCCGCCAUUAUCAUGGGCUACCGCAUCCAGGGCGUAAUUGCCCAGCCGGUAGAUCGGGUGAAAAGAUCACCUUCUGGGUCCCAAAGCAAUAACCUGUGGAUCAUUGUUGGCGUGGUGAUUCCAGUGAUUGUGGUGAUGACCAUCAUUGUCAUUCUCUAUUGGAAACUCUGCCGCACAGACAAACUGGACUUCCAGCCUGAUGCCGUGAGCAACAUUCAGCAGCGACAAAAGCUUCAGAUCCCUAGUGUGAAGGGAUUUGAUUUUGCCAAGCAGCAUCUGGGUCAACACAAUAAAGAUGACAUAUUGAUUAUUCAUGAGCCAGCACCACUGCCAGGACCAGUGAAGGAUAACACUACUCCCUCUGAAAAUGGAGAUGUGCCAAGCCCCAAGUCAAAGAUCUCUUCAAAGAACAUCCGUCACAGAGGAAGAGUUUCUCCUUCAGAUGCUGACUCUACAGUAAGCGAAGAGUCCAGUGAGAGAGAAGCUGGGGAAAAACCAUCAGGAGGUGUCAAUGAGGGCAAAGCACGAAGAGUGCCCCCAAGUGGACCACCACUCACCAGUACUGGAAAUGAACAGCAUUCAUCAGCAUCAAUCUUUGAACAUGUGGAUAGGAUAUCCCGCUCUUCAGAAGCUAGCAGACGGGUCCCCAGUAAGAUCCAGUUGAUUGCCAUGCAGCCAAUUGCAACACCUCCAGUUCAGCACCCAGUACUAACUGACCGAGUGGCAGAAACUAACAAAAUCAACAAAGAGAUCCAGACUGCCCUUCGGCAUAAGUCAGAGAUUGAACACCACCGAAACAAGAUACGUCUCCGAGCCAAGCGCAGAGGACAUUAUGAUUUUCCAGUGGUUGAUGACCUGUCAGUGGGCGACACCAAAGAACGACAUCGGGUGUAUCGAAGGGCUCAGAUGCAGAUUGACAAGAUCUUGGACCCUGCAGCCAGUGUGCCUUCUGUGUUCAUAGAGCCAAGAAAGAGUUCCCGUGCAAAACGUUCUCCGAAGCAGCGCCGGAAGCACCAGAUCAAUGGAAGCCCCACUGAUGCUGAGAAGGAUAGAUUGAUCACUACAGACAGUGAUGGCACCUAUAAAAGGCCACCGGGCGUCAAUAAUUCUGCCUAUAUUUCAGAUCCUGACUUGCCUGCAGAACCUCAGUCACCUUCCUCCGCUGACCUAGGGAAAUAUCCAGGCUUGCCCUUCCCUGCUUCCCAGUACAUCCCGCCCAAGCCAUCCAUCGAAGAGGCAAGGCAGACGAUGCAUUCCCUCUUGGAUGAUGCCUUUGCUCUGGUGGCUCCCAGUAGCCAAGCAGUUCAGCCUUCUUCUGGUGCCACACCUGGAGUCCCAUCAGGCCUACAGAUCAACAGCACCCCUGCCCAAGAAGAGCGGCGAGCCACCCAAUGGGGUUCCUUCUAUGGCCCCACACAGACAAGCAGCAAUGCGUGUAGCAGAUAUGAAGACUAUGGAAUGACCCCUCCAUCAGCACCAGGCCCGCUGUCAAGACCAAAUUUUGGCCCUGGUUUGCUCCAGUCUUCAGAACUGAUACCAACUGAGUCACAGCAUACUCAGUCAUCAGCUGAAGCUUCAUUUACCACACGAGGUAUCUAUCCAGAAGAGGUACCCUCAGUGGCUCGGCCUCGGCCUGUUGGAGGCACUUCAGGUUCACAGAUGCAGCAUCUCACCCAGGUGGGCAUCGCCAACAGGAUUGGGACACAACCAGUAGAGAUUCCAUCCAGCAGAACAGGCCAGUAUAGUGGGUCAGGAUGGCCUUCCUAUCAUGGGGAAGACGAAUCGGGGAGACGAGAUGCUACUCAUGGGCUUGGACACCAAGAGUAUUCUUCUUCACCACUGUUUCAGGUGCCAAGGACUUCAGGCAGAGAGCCAUCCGCACCACCUCCCCACCUCCCCCACAGGAACCUCCAAGGACCAGGGCUGUGCUACAACAACGCCAGUUCUACGGAAGAUCUCCAGCCAGGGCAUUCCUCUGCUUCUCUCAUCAAAGCCAUUCGAGAGGAGCUCCUUCGACUCUCCCAGAAACAAGCCACAGUGCAGAACUUCCAUAGCUGAUCCAUCCUUCCCUUGCAAAUUUGCCAAGUAUCUGCUUCCUAUGGAAGUAAGACUAAAAGGAAGCCAACCGAGUUGUUGUUUUAUAAGAGGGGUGAACCUCUACUGUACAAGAUACCGAUGCGUGUGUCUGCGGGGGGAGGGGGGAGGGAAAAUGGCAAGUUGUAAAGACAGAAGAUGCCACAAGUUACCACUUUACAGUUUGUAAAUCUGUUUAAUUAUGUUGGCCAUUUCAUGACCACUUGGAUUCAGCCAACUGCUGCGUUUUAGGUCAAAAGCAACACCAAACUCCACCAAAGGAUGACAGGAACAACAGACCAAGAUGACAAAAUUCCUCAAUUAAAUGAUUUAAGGGGGAAAAAAGUAGAUGGAUUAAGGGAUGAAAGGAAUCCAGUAUUUUUCAUUAUAAGGCUUUGUAGUUCAGAUAAGUAUGAUCAUGUUGCUGCUUUGUUUUCAGCAGGGGGGGAAAGAAUUCAAGGACGUUUUGUUAAAAGCUUGAUUUCCCCCCCCUUCUCCACAGGAACUCAUUGUAAUAGUAGUACUAACAGCAAGAAUAAUAGGACUGGCCAGAGAAGAGGGGGAAAAAGUAAAUGACUAGUAAGAAACCAAAAUGGGGAAGCUCUAAGUGCCGGAUGAUUCCAAACAAAACUGUCUUCUGCAUGUCCUUCUCCUUGUAUUCUGGUGCUGCUGCUCUAAGUGUUCCUUGACCUUUCUGUGAAAUGAAAUCAUGACCAUUUUUUUUUUUGGCAAGAAUAUAUUGAAGACUCAUUCUCUGCAGGAAAGGAAAACCUCUCUUGAAAAACGAAAGGCUUCAUAUUUAUUUGGUCAUUGAAAAAUCUGUCCUUGAUUAGAUUUAAAUUUGUAUAUGUGUGGACUUCAUUUUUUUCUGAAUUAGGUGUUUUCAGUUAUCAAUAGAAUCCCAGGUUAAUCAUAAAAUCCAUUUCUAUACAGUGAAACAGUUUUUGUUGAUUUUGAAUUGAUCACUUCUUAAGACUGGAAGUCAGAAGUCCUAGGUUAGAAUCUCUGCUUUGUCAGGGAGUGCUCUUUUGGUGACUUCAUAUGUCUGUAGUUUGCAUCAUUUUCUUCCUCUUGACAAUAAGGUCUUGGUUCAAUUGUAAUCUCUUGAUGUUCUUUCUAGCUCUAUGUCCUAUGAUCCUACCUGAGCAAAGUAUUGUUUUGUUUGAAAUACAGUGAAACCCAGGACAUCCCAAAUUGUUGUAGCUCUUUGGUUUUUUUAAUAACCCUAACCUCUGUCUUUGAAUUGGAGUGAAAUGACUUGCCCAGGAUCACACUGCUGGAAAGUGUCAGAGAUCAGAUUUGAACCUAGGACCUUCUGUCUGUAGGCCUGGCUCUCUAUUCACUAAGCCACCUAGCUGCCCUAACUUUGAAAUUUGUUUCUUUAAUAACGUUUUAUUGUAAUGAGGACACUGCUAGAAGACAAGUUUCCAGUAUGGCAGGACUGGGAAAACAAGGUCAACCCAGUUUUCCUAUGAUAAAUUGUGCAAGGAAAAGAGCUUUUUGGACCCAGAAAAUUUGUCUCAUCUCCUGACUUCUUUAUGUAUCUUGUUUUGGAUUGGAUUUUUUUUUUGGCAAGAAUAUAUUGAAGACUCAUUCUCUGCAGGAAAGGAAAACCUCUCUUUAAAAACGAAAGGCUUCAUAUUUAUUUGGUCAUUGAAAAAUCUGUCCUUGAUUAGAUUUAAAUUUGUAUAUGUGUGGACUUCAUUUCUCUCUCUCUCUCUCUCUCUCUCUCUCUCUCUCUCUCUCUCUCUCUCUCUCUCUCUCUCUCUCUCUCUCUCUCUCUCUCUCUCUCUCCCUCUCCCUCUCCCUCUCCCUCUCCCUCUCCCUCUCCCUCUCCCUCUCCCUCUCCCUCUCCCUCUCCCUCUCCUUCUCCUUCUCCCUCUCCCUCUCCCUCUCCCUCUCCCUCUCCCUCUCCCUCUCUCUCCUUCUACCUUAUAAUCGGUACUAAGCAUCAGUUCCAAAGCAGAAGAGCCACAAGGGCAAGGCAAUUAGGGUUAAGUGACUUGUCCAGGAUCAUACAGUUGAACCUAGAACCUCCUAUCUCUAGGUCUGGCUCUAUCCACUGAGCAUCCUAGCUGCCCCAUCCCUGUUUAGAAAGACCCAUAAUGUUGUUAGGACCAUUAGGCAGCUUGCUUUAAUAGCACAGAUUCUUCCAGGUGAGCACGGUAUAGAUGUGAAAAAGCAAAAGGAAGGAUACUCUGUGGCCCAGUCAGAUGUUUGACCAUAUAGACAAUGAAACAGUUACAGUUUCAGUUCAGUGAGGUUUGAUUGAAGCAGAUUUUUAAAUAUUUGAAAUUCAGAUCAGUUUCCCAAAACACCAAAAACAAAUGACAAAGCUUUCAUUAGAAACUUGUUUUUUCUUUUGCAAAUUAAUCACAUUCCAUUUUAUUCAAUGGUAAAAUAAAGUGAUCAGAUUAGAUGGGGGGGUUCUUAAUAUGGCAUUCAUGGACUCCCACCUUGAUAGCACAGUGUCCAGAGAUAAGAAGACCCAAGGGCAAAUCUAACCUCAGAUAUUUGUGUAUGUGACCCUGGACAAGUCACUUAACCUUUGCCUGCUUCAAUUUCCUCAUUUGUGAAAUGAGAAUAAUAGCACCUACCUCCCAGGGUUGUUGUAAAGAGAAAAUGAGAUAAUUAUAAAGUGCUUAAGCACAGUGCCUGGCACAUAGUAGGGGCUUAAUAACUGUUUGUUCCUUUCCCUUUCCCUUGACUCCUGAAGGUGCUACAGCUAGAUCUUAGAGGGUCCCUGAAGUUGGAUGAGGAAAAAUGACAUUUUUAUUUUUACUAACUGAAAUUUAGCAUUUCCUUUAAUUAUUUACAAACAUCAUUCUGAGAAAGGUGCUCAAAGGUUUUCCCAGAUUGCCAAAGAGGCCCAUAGAACCCCUCCAAAAAAAGUUAAGAAAUACUGAACUAGGUGAUCUUAAAGACUCCUUACAUCUUUAAAUUCUAUGAUACUUCCCACUUACUAGGAAAAGUUGAAAGGGGUAUCUCUGCUUACUGUAAGUCUUGCUUGAGCUUGUCAUUAGAAGGGGUGCUUUUUAGCUAGUAGUGAUUAACACUUAAAACAAAAUUUACCUGUUGUCCAGAAAGUCCUGGGCCUUCAGAAAUUUCUAAGUGAGAAUUCUAAAUGGUCAUCGAAAAAUGUUUUUAAAAUCAAAGUGGCUUGAUGGAAGCAUUUGAAGUUGGAAAAGGUGAGUGAAGUUGAAGGGUAAUAGGUACUUGAUGGCAACCCAAAGUAUAAACAGCUUAGAAAUGACUACUUCCUGGAAAGAAAAUUAAUUAGUAGGUGAAUUAACUUUGUGGAAUUUAUGACUGAAUUUUAUUAAGAAUGUUGAGAUGCGAUGACAGCAGAAGGGAUAUGUGUAGACACUCCUCUUCUCCUAGCUAUUGUUUGUAGUGUGUGUGUAUUUGCUCAUUUGAACAAAUGAUAGAAAAACAAAUCAUAGCAUCUCAGACUCAGAGGGAACCUCUGUGACCAUUGGUCUAGUAUACACUUGAUCAAGAAUCUCCUCUAUGUCCAACUUCCACUUGAAGGUAUCCAGUGAAGGGUUUACUCACUACCUCCCAAAGCAGCCCAUUUUCCUCAUGGAUAUCUCUGUUUUUUAGGAAAUGUUCAUUGCAUGAAGCCAAAAAUCAAUCUAUUUGCAACUUCAUCUGUUGUUUAUAGUUCUACCCUUGGGGCCAGAUAUCAGAAGUCUAAACUCUUUCCCACAACAGCUCCUCAUAUACUUGAGAACAACCUCAAGCAUCCAUAGUUCCUUCAGCUGGCCCUCAAAUGGCAUGACUUCAAGAUCCUUCAUCAUCCUUCUUACCCUCCUCCAGACAUACCCCUCCUAUACACUACAGAAAUAAGCUUCCUUUUGAAAGAAACAGCAUUAGCGAUUUGAAUUGGUCUUCAUUUUUCUCAAAAUGGCAUUCUAUCCAUGCAUCCGUUCUUCAAACUGUUAUUUUUUUAAAUUCAGGACCAAAGAUAAUAUGUAAAUCUGUUUGUGAUCUGAUACAGUAAGCCAGCCAGAUAGACCUUUUAUAGUUUCCUGGCUGGUGGAAUAUAUGACAAGCUUGCAUUCAUUUCUACUAAAAACCCUCCAGCAACAAAGCCUCUUGGGGGGGGGGGGUCACCAAAAUGAGAGCAAAGACAUUAGUAGAUAUGGCAAAAAAAAAAAAAAGAUAUUGUUGACUAAAACAAAUUUCCAGAAAACAAAUACAGCAUUCUCCUCCUGGCUUUCAAGGAAAGCACUUCAUUUUAAUGGUAAUUGACUUUGGGCUUCAAGAUACUAUUUUUUUCUUUGUUGGCUCUAAAAGUGAAUUAAUUUAAUAUUUGAAAAUAUCAAGUUGUAGGAUGAGUGUCCUGGUGGUACAAAUUGUUAAUGUAAGUUCAGAUAUACUUCAUCUUUUUCUUUUCCUCUCUUAAUCUGCUUUAAAAUAACUUCAUCUGCCCUCUUCCAAUUAAAUAAGCAUUUAUUAAUCAUCUCUCUGCAUAGGAUAGGCAGUGCUGACUGGAAGAUCAAGAAAAUGGGGGAUACAACUGAAUAAGCCUUGUUAAAAUAUAAUCAUUAAGUGGCACAUCAAAAUAAUUUAUUGGCAGGAUGAAGUUCUAUGUUAUUAGGUAGUGAUUAAUGAGAAAUCUAUGAUAUUGAUAUGCCUAGUUGGGUCCAUGGGGAGAAACAGAAAUAUCUUAGAAGAGAGAUUUCCUGAGCAACUUAAAAGACGUAAAAGUAGGUUAGCAAAUUAAUACAGGGAGCAAAUAAAGGAAAUGACAGGAUUGCCAGAUAUGAGAUGAAGUGAGUCUGGGUUUUGAUACAGGUUGUUUAACUUGGUCCCAGAAUAGAGUGGAAAAACAUGAAAGAUCUCUGAGGAGGAAGGUGGCAUUGUUAAGAGUGAUAGAUCAAUCCUACCUAAACUAAUUUACUUAUUCAGUGCCAUACCUAUCAAACUAUCAAGAAACUAUUUUAGAGAAUUAGAAAAAAUCAUAACAAUUCAUCUGGAACAACAAAAGAUCAAGAAUAUCAAGGGAACUGAUAAAAAAGAAAAGUGAAGGAUGAGGGCCUAGCAGUACCAGAUCUUAAACUGUACUAUAAAGCAGUGGUCAUCAAAACGAUAUGGAAGAGAUAGAGAGAUGGAUCAAUGGAAUAGACUAGGGACAAAUAACCUCAGCAAUCUUGUGUUUGGUAAAUCCAAAGAUCCCAGCUUUUGGAUGACAAUUCAGUAUUUGACAAAAACUGUUGGGAAAAUAGAAAAAACUGUAUGGCAAAAAUUAGGUUUAGAUCAAUAACACACGCUAUACCAAGAUAAGUUAAAAGUGGGUAUAUAAUUUAAACAAAGAGUGAUAUUAUAAAUAAAUUAAGUGAACAUGGAAUAGAACCUGUCAGAUCUAUGGGGAAGGAAAGAAUUUAAGACCAAGCAAGAAAUAGAGAACAUUAUAAGAUGUAAAAUGAGUAAUUUUGAUUACAUUAAAUUAAAAAGAUUUUGUACCAACAAAACCAAUGCAACUAAAAUUAGAAGAGAAGCAACAAACUAGGGAAAAAAUUUACUUAAAGAUAGGUAAAGACAAGCUGAGCAACUACAUUAAGGAAAAAUAGGAGAGAGGAGACUUAGGGAUGGGAGUCUCUAUUAGAAGGUUGUAGUAUUCCAGGCAAGCAAUAAUAUCAGCUGCAACCAACUAUGGAUCCAUAAAGAAAGGAGUCAGACUCUGGAAGUAGUAUGAAAGCAAAAUCAUCAGAAAUUUACAACAGGUUAUAUAUAAGGUGUGAAGACAACUGUUCAGAGAUUAGUAAUGUGGUGGCUUGAUCCAAAGUGAUGGAAAAAAAAGAAACAGGGUAAGUGUUACGGAAGGAAAAUAAUAACCCUUGCCACCUACAGUCAAUAAGUUACCUAAGAAUUCAAUCUUGAAUGGGGAAAAAAAGACAACUAGCAUAUAAAUUGAGUGUAUAAAUGACUAUGGGGGCCGCAAAGAAGGGAACGUGCUUUUUCAAUGUUCAUCUAUGGUUCAAGCACUUAAAGCCUUCUUUAUUUUGUUCUGUUCAAUUUCUAUUGAUACUCACUGUGUGUUUUGAUUUUAGUGGCAUGUGGUACUGAAUAGCAGAGGGGGAGGCUUCUCUACCCAGCCAUAUCUGUCCAUCUGUGUGAAACAAAUGGUGCAAAACACAGAUGAGGGGGCCUCCUACCUGAAACCAGUCUGAGUAAAAUUAAUUCUGUUCUUUUUUUUUUUUAAGUUUUCUAGUUUCCCAUUUACAGAUGAUUGCUUUAUUCCAUUUGCAGAGUCACUCCCAGUGAUUGCUCCAGGGAUCAUCACCCUAUUAACUUUCAUGCCAAUUUGCAUUUGCAAAUUUACAAGUUACUCAUUAAAUGUCAAAGAGCAAAGAAAUUAACCUCACCUCUUGCAAGCCCUUUGCUCCCAGCAGCCCUCCUGACUCUGGUUGGUGUGUCUGACUUUAGAAUUCACAUGAGUUUUUUCUUGUUUACCCUUUUCUUUGCUACCUCUGGGCAGUUCUCAAAGACCACUCUUUUAGUUCACAUUUGUCUAAAGGAAGACAAAGCAGGUAUCAUAUCAUAUCAUAGAUCUGGAGUGAGGAGAGACCUCAGAGGUCAUCUUUUCUUGCAGACUUUCAAUGGGAACAGAUUUUUCCCAAUUAAAAAAAACAACCCACUGAAUUCCUUCAUUUUAAAUUCAGAAUAAUGAAUUAGAAUUUGAACUGAUGUUAAAUAUGUAGGGGAGAUGGCUCCAUAUGGAAAGUUGCCUAGUAUCUACAUCUGGAAUUGAUCAAGAUUGUUCCCAUCAGUACUUAAAAUACUCAUUCAAGGAGAAUAUACUGUUUAUUUUCUCCUUAGAGGUUCUACAAGUGAUCUUUGUGGGACUGGGGUGGGGAAGGUGGUGUUUAAACAAAACUUGUGAACUACUUGCUACAAGAAAAUUCUGAAUCUCUGUUUACAUCUGUUAAUGUGUACCAUAUCACAAGUCCACAUGACAGCACUGCACUGCAGGAAAUGGGAAUCAAACCACAAAUGGGAAUGAGCAGACCUUGGGAAGAACAAUGGAAAAAUCAAGUGUCUUAACCUGCUGCCCUUUCAACCAGCUCACAGAUUUUUCGGGAGGUCCAUGAUCCAACUUGGGGAUUACUCAGACUCUGCUUUUUCCAUCUCUUGGUUUGCCUGCUUUGGGAGCCAUUCCACCGAUCUCUGGUACCUUUACCCAAGCACGAGCGAGAUGGCAGUUGAAUACCUUCAUUUUGGAGUCUCAUAUCAGUCAACCUCAUCACGUGGAACUGUUUGUCCACUUUUUUUGGCUAGUUUGGAACAAGGAGAACAGUUUUUUCUCAUGCCCACCCAACAGCCGGUGUGCAUUAUUGGGAUUUGCCUUCCAUCUUUAAGAGGCAGGAAAACUGAAAGGCCAAAUUCAAGUCUGCCUUCCAGGGUGGCCCUUUGGUCUCACACGUAUCACUAACUAAAGUCUUGUGGAACACAGGAGAAGGUAAAGGUCAACUUCAGACCCCUGGGGACUUGCUAAAGCAAAAGUCCCUCUGAUUUUCCUCUCAGAUGUGGAGUUGAGAUUGAGCGUGUACAGAGCGCAGAUUGUGGGAAGAAUGGUUCUACUGUAAAUGCUAUUUGGGGUUCUGUCAUUUCCCUGGAUAUUCAAGGACCAUUCUCCUGAUCUUUCCUAUCCCCUCACCCUAGGUUAUAACUGUUUAUAUAUGUAGAUAUAUAAAUGCACGGAAAGCCUAACAUCCGCGUUGCAACUUGAACUAGAUGCCAUGAUUUUCCUGCCUUUUCUAGGGAAGGGGCUUUUGAGUCUCAGUUCUGCAUACAUGGUUGAGAAAUCGAACUUUCCCCUUCUGUUGGUCUUUUAAGUUUUAACCUUUUGUAGCUGCAGUUUUCUCAUUGCUGUAGGUUUUUUUAAAGAAUAAUUUAUGCAAGUGUUUGGUUUCCAUGUUUACAAUUUAUACAGCUUUCCUAGCAGUUUAAAUGGAAAUGUCAAUAAAUACUAUGAAUUGGUGUCAAA